UGAAAACAGGCAGCAGAAUGUGCAGAUUCAGCCUGGGACACGUGGAGUUAUACAUUCACUUGCAUUCUAAUCAGGCCAGUUGGACAGUAACCCCGAACACGGGAUUCUCCUUGGUGCAUAUGAGAAGUCACAGAGUCUGAGGUUGCACAGGCCUGAGUGAUGGGGUCGAAUACUACUCUGACGUUCAUCCUCCUGUUUACAGCAACUCUGUGCACCAGUUGUGAUGGUGGGAAAGUGCUGGUCUACCCUAUGGAUGGGAGCCACUGGCUGAACAUGAAAAUCCUGGUGGAGGCGCUUCAUUCUCAUGGCCAUGAAAUCACGGUGCUGCGUUCCAACACCAGCUGGUACGUUUCCGAAACCUCACCGCAUUACAGCUCCAUCACCGUCACCCAGGAGCAGGCCCAAAACUUAGAGAGCCAAUCCUUCAUGACCUCUUUCUUACAGAGGUCAUUAGAGAUCCGUCGAAAUAAAGGCUCACUGUGGGCGUUUGUGAACUUCUACAAGAACCUUUUCAACAUGGUUGGUGAGAACCAGGAAGUUGUGGCAAAACUGGUCAUCAGCAUUUUUGAGAAUAAGACGCUGAUGAAGGAGCUGAAGGAAACUGGAUAUGAUCUUUUACUGACCGACCCUGCAUUUCCAGGUGGAGUACUGUUGGCACACUAUCUCCAACUUCCCUUGGUUUUCAACGUGCGCUGGCUUUUCAAUGGAGAGGCUCAUUUUGCCAUUGCUCCUUCUCCUUUGUCGUACGUCCCUGAAUUGUUCUCCCAUCACACCGACAAGAUGGACAUUUUUCAAAGAAUCAACAAUAUAAUCUAUCGUAGCAUAUUGGUAUACAUGUACCACUAUGUCUCGAAUCCGCCCUACCAGGCUGUGUGUGAUCAAUACUUUGGAAAAGAUGUCAAUGUCAUGUCUCUCAUCCAGGGAGCAGAUCUAUGGCUAAUGCGAGUUGACUUUACGCUCGAGUUCCCUCGGCCCACGAUGCCCAAUGUCGUCUACAUCGGAGGGUUCCAGGGAAAACCCCCCAAGCCUCUCCCGACAGAUUUAGAGGAAUUUGUGCAGAGUUCUGGGGAACAUGGGGUGGUCAUCAUGACUCUGGGGACCCUCCUGAAUGACAUCGGCCCAGAGAUAUCAGAGAUCCUUGCCUCAGCAUUCGCCAGCCUCCCUCAGAAAGUCGUGUGGAGACACAACGGCAAGAGACCUGUCACACUGGGAAACAACACCAUGUUGGUUGAAUGGCUGCCUCAAAAUGAUCUACUAGGUCACCCUAAAACCAAGGUUUUUGUCACGCAUGGGGGCACGAACGGCAUUUACGAGGCCAUCUACCAUGGUGUCCCUAUUCUGGGCAUUCCUCUCAUCUUUGACCAGUACGACAACAUGGUGCGUUUGAAGGUCCGGGGAGUGGCUGAGACUGUUGACGUGACAACUUUGGAUGUUGAGUCUCUGACAAGUGCUUUGAAAAAUAUUCUAGAUCCAGAAAAGCCCUAUAAACAGAAUAUGGUCAAACUGUCAGGGCUUCACCAUGACAAACCAAUAAAACCCAUAGACAGUGCCGUUUUCUGGAUGGAGUUCGUCAUGAGGCACAAGGGAGCAGCACAUCUGCGCACAGAGUCAUAUAAGUUGCCUUGGUAUGCCUAUCACUGCCUAGAUGUGAUGGCAGUUUUGGUGGCAUUUGGUCUGGUAAUCAUUGCACUAAUUUGGGUUUCCUUUAGAUGUCUCAUUAGAUUAUUUAUUUGGACUGAGAAGUCCACAUCCAAGUCCAAGAGGGAAUAGAAAACUUGAUGACAUACAAAGUGUGAGAUUGUAAUUUACAGUGGUACAGAACCUACAGAACAACAUCAACAGGAAACUAUAUUAGUGGGACUGUGUUGGAAAUUCAAAUUAUAUCACAACUUAACAUGUUCAAAUAAUUUUUAUUGUUGUUUCCCCCCCCCC